AUGUCUGUAUAUGGAGGAUUUGCUACUAGAGCUCAGGAGUCAGCUUAUAACGGUCUUCUGUCAAGUCUAAUUGACUUAUUGCAUCUCCACGCAAUUUCUUAUAUCCAAAACUGUACUUUCUAUCCAGUGCCCUUACUCCUCCAUGACUAAUAGGCAAAAAACUCAAUCUUACUCAUAAAUGCUCACUAUGGGUUACCUAAUCUUCCAGCUACCAUUAAACAGCACCUCUUACGCUAUAUACUUCUCUAUGGAGGCCAAGGGUGCGCACUGGUAAGCUGCUUGCAUCAUAUUCAGGCUUCAAAGAUUGCCUUGACUUCUCCUUUCGACGUCACCAAAAAAUGGUGACACAUCAGUUUAAUGGGGAGAAUCUCCCGAUGCUUGUGCCUUGGUCUCGCUCUUGCAGCACUGAUAUCCCAAACUCUGGCAGUGCUUUGAUCCCCCUUUAUCGGCUUAACCAAGAAGGUGCUGAAUUGAAGGAAAAUUUUUUAAUUUAGGCAAAGCUCUGCUUGGAUUGAAUGGCUGAUAUUUUUGGUCUGACCAGGACAUUUUUAUCUAUAAUUAAUUUCUUAUAUGGAUUUAUCUCUUUGGAAAUAUAUUUGCUAAAACAAAAUUUGCUAAAAAUUAUAAGGAUAAAAAAUUUCCUGAAAGACCAAAAUAAUCCUUUGCAAGAUCGGCUUAUCAAUCCAAGCAGAGCUUUUGCCUAAAUCAAUCAAACUUACCUUCAAUUGCAUUUCCAUAUUUUUUAAAAAUUAAUACCUUCUUAAUUAAGCGAUGACCCCAAAGUCUUCGAGCCUUCAAAUUCAAAUAAAAAAUAUGCUUGCGAGAGUUAGAUUUCUCAACAUGGUCAGAGAAAUUUGCAAGAAUCCAUAAGAACAUGACAAGUCUAGAAACCCAAAAAUACCAGCCGCCUAAGUUUUCACUACUAACCCAGCCCUUAGCUGACCUUAUAAUGCCUAAACUCAAUAUAAGCAGAAACUCAAAACAGUCAAGUAAACGAGUUACAAGGGAAAACAGCAGUUAUUAUAAGUUUGAUGACAGCAAGACAAAUGUUGACAGUACUCCAAACACUAGGAGAUACCAAAACUUUAGCAUUUCCCAAGAUAUUGAUAUUAUGCUAAUGCAAGAAAACUUCAAAAUUGAAGAAAGAACUCCUAGAGAGCCAAGGGUAAGGCAAAAGAAAAAAGUUUCAAUAGAAAAUUCAAGAAACUGAAGUAACACAGCAAGGUCUUUUUAUAAGUCGCCAAAUAAAAAGCCAAUAGGUGCGAAAUUAAUACAGAAAUAUCAAGAUGAAGCUUUGAUGCGAAUUCUUAAGGAUUUAUCAUCUUCAGAUGGAUAG